AUGCGGAAUCGGAGUUUUGUAUUCACCAAAAUGUCGAAACAACUUUUGUCCACCGUCACUCCCUCGGCAUUCAGAGCAUUACUUUCCAGCUCUGUAGAAGGUGCUAAGGUUGUUCCCUUGGACGCAACAUGGUAUAUGCCCAACUCACCCCACAAUGGUAGAAAACAGUUCUUGGAAGAGCAGCGAAUGAAGGGAGCCGCUUUCUUUGAUUUAGACAAAGUGGCGCUUCCAGACUCAAAGUACCCCCACAUGCUCCCUCCACAAUCGGUAUACAUUCAGGAAAUGUCCAAAUUGGGCAUCAAAAAUUCCGAUACCGUUGUGGUUUACGACAAAUCAGGUAUAUUUUCGGGUCCUCGAGUAGCAUGGACUUUAUCACUUUACGGCCACAAGAAGGUUUAUUUGAUGGAUAACUAUCUAACUUACAAGAAGGCCGAGUAUCCUUUGGACAAUACACCGGUGACGGACGUGGGUGUGCCAGGUGCUUCCACUUCGUCAUACUCAGCACUUUCAGAUGAAGAGUUCAAAACCAAAUACAGCCAACAGGUGAUUGAGUAUGAGGAAUUGUUGGAGCUUGUUAAAUCAGGACAACUUGCAAAGGAUUACUUUGUCUUUGACGCGAGAUCAAAAGGCCGUUUUGACGGUACAGAUCCAGAACCUAGACCCGGUCUUUCUUCGGGGCAUGUUCCUUCUGCUCUCUCGCUCCCAUUUGGCAAGGUUCUAAAUGAAGACAAGACAUACAAGUCCGGUGAAGAGUUGCAAGCGCUUCUCCAGAGCGAGUAUGGAAUUGACUUGAAAAACUCCCAAAGCAAGAAAGGAAUCAUAGUGAUGUGUGGAACAGGUGUAACUGCUGUCAUCUUGAAACUAGCGCUAGAAAUCGUAUUAGGCACAAAAUUACCAAUUCGAGUCUAUGAUGGAAGCUGGACCGAGUGGGCUCAAAGAGCACCAUCGAACUUCAUUGAAAAAGUUUAA